AUGGCAGUGCUGCUGGCGUACUACUUUCACAACGUGUGUGCCAUCAAUUCUUGCUUUGAUUCUUUCGUCAAUCCGCUUCGCACCGAGGUUGCCGCUCUCAUCACCACGUCGCGCCUGAUCGAAUUCUGCAUUUUGAGCAUGUCGGCCGCCCACCUGAGCAACUCUCAUCCACACUGGUCACUGGAGGGUCUGGGAUAUCUCACCGCGACGGUGAGCGAGCUGUCAAGGGCGAUGAAUGGCGUCAUAACCGUGCGUCCGUUGUCAACCGCCGCGGAUCAGGACCUAGGCACGGUCCUCCUGGGAGUCAUCAUGCUGGGCAUGACCACCUCGUGGCACGCUUCAUCCGGCCUGGGACUCGAACACAUUUCCGGAUCUCGCGCGCUGUUUCGGACCUGGAUCGCGCAAGAGUGCACGUCUGGACAAGCCUUCGAUGGUGCUUGGCCGCGUUUGCAUUUCUACCUGGGGCUUCAGGCUUACUGGGAGGCGAUGGCUUCUUUCUUGAUCGACCAGGACAUCCACCAGCUGGACUACCUGCAUAUUUCCUUCGCGAUCGACCGGAUGAAAGCUGGGACUGUCCAUCCCUGGACGGGGAUCAGUGCGGUUCCAUGGUUGUACUUGGCCAAAGCCGGGUGUGUCAUUCGGUCCCACAGAAACCGGGACCGGGGCGAGACGUUGUGGGAUGGUAUCUCCAGCACCAAGGCCGUCACGUCCCAUCAGCCCCUGUCAGAAGACUGUCAUGUCGCGCAUGUGCUGGCGAAAGAGCUUUUGCACUACCGGCCCCCGAGCGAUGCACAGAUUGAGGAUACAUUCGACGAGCACACGUCGAAAUCACAACUACAAGAUCUCGCACGUUGUUGCCAGCUGGCAGCAUUGGUGGAGUUGAUUCGCUCUUGCGACUCCAUCGAUGAACAGCAAGCAAUGGCGACAUUGAUCGCCGAUAACUGUAUGGGGACUUCGUCGGCAAGCGCGGUACACGUGGACGUACGAUCGGAAGCAACAUGCACAGAUCUCCUGCGGGACUUGUCGGUGCAAAUCCUACGGCUUUUAUCGGGUAUUCCCACCGACUCGGGUACACGGUGUCUGUAUCAUCUCCCUUUGUUGAUCGCUGGAAGUGUGCUUUUGCCAUCGAUCAUGAGCCUCUCGCACACACAGUGCGGCGAUGUCACAAGCGACAAGAGCAGUGCCUGUCUUUACUGGCGUCGAUUCGUGACGGAGAGAGUCAUGCACCUCGAGCAAUCUGUCAACCUUGAAGCCCAUCGGAGGAUCAGACUUCUUCUGACCGAAGUUUGGGCGCGAGGUGACGCUUUGCCCGUGCGACAAUAUCAGGCGCUGACCCCGAGAAGUCUGCAUUGGGUGGAUGUGAUGGAGGAUGCAAACCUACGGUUUUUUAUAUGA